AUGAACGUACAAGAUAGAAGACGUUUACUAGGUCCAUCUAAUGCUAAGCCGAUUGUAUUUAGUGCUGCUACUGACAUACAAUCAUCGGAGCCAAAGAAAGACGAAUCCUCAAGUUUUAUACUAAAUUCUGGUUUAAUAGAAAAUUGUAACGGUUCUUCUCUAGUUGAAAUCAGAGAUCCAAAAGUCACUCAACAUCAGACGUCUUUGAUUACUUCGGUUUACGGUCCUAGAGCAACAAAAGGUUCGUUUACAUCGCAAGCAUCUCUUUCUAUUCAGUUAAAAAAUGGUUCUUCUGAGAAAUAUAACACUACAGAAUUGAAAGAAGUCUCAAGUUUCUUAGUGAAUGUUUUUAAUUCAGUUAUAAAUCUUUCAAGAUAUCCAAAAUCUGGUAUUGAUAUUUUCAUUUAUAUUUUGUACGAUAAAGUGCUCUCCGAAGAGUCUAAAAAAUCAAAUAAUAUAUCAGCUAUUCUACCAUACUGUAUAUCAGCUAUUACUUUAGCGUUAAUUAAUGCUGGUAUUGAAGUUGAUGAUAUUGCCACAGCUGGAUAUUACAAAGGAGAUGUCAUUUCUUUCAUUAAGAAUGGUGAAGAAGUCAUAGGUUACUGGAAAGACGAAGGGAAUUGUGAGAGCUUUGAUGUCGCAUUAGAACAUUGUAAAACUGAGGCACAAAAAUUCAAAAAUCUAAUAACAACUCAUAUUUUAGAAGAGUAA